AGCUGUGUGGCUUUGGUGCCUUUGGUCCGUCCAGACCAUCGCCAUGGCUUUGUUGUCUGGCCACACGCCAGUUUACCCCAUUUCUGGUCUUUGCACCCUGCUGGUGCUGGUGUCGUGUGUUCUCAAGGGGCUUCAGAAGCUUUGGCAGCGUCGCGAGCAUCUUGCAGCUACGCUUCGCAAGUUGCCGCAAAAUCGCUGCCCGAAGCGUGAGUGCACUGGCACAGAGAUGUUCUUGCGGAGCGAGGUGUCCAAGCUGCAACUGGAAUUUGCCCGAUCAUUCCUGGGCAUUGCGGCAGCAGUCUUGUGUGUCGCUUUGGUUGGAGGUCAAGCUCGGCUCCGCUCGGGCAUUCCGGACUCAGAGUUCAUCGCAUCCACUGUAGUCUUGUGGAAUCAGCUUGUCUUGGGCGUGCUUAUCGCAGGGGCACUUUGGGUGCCAUGCGCAGUGACCGUGAGAACGCUGGACCUUUGGAACCUGAUCUUCAACCUGCACAUUGUGGUGUUUCUGUCUCCGGCCGCGUUCCCGACUUGGGGGGUGUUCAGCGGUAGGGUAUUCAGCCUUGUCGUGAUCCAGUUGCCUUGUAUGAUCUUUGUCCAGAGCAGGAUUUUGGCAGGUGUAUGCUACCUAUUCAUUGCGGUAUUUACAAUUGUUCGCUUUUUGUCUGCUGACCCUGAACUCACUUCCACCACCAUGCUUGGACGGCGAGCUUCCAUUUUCGGAGCGGAGUUUAUCCUUUUCCCAUUCGUAUUCACGCUGGUGAGCUUUGUGCACAAGAUGUUUCGGCAAAAAGUGGAAGCGCGCGUUCGGGAGAGCGAUGCUGCUUCUCAGCUUGAUGCGGUAUCUGCCUUGCUUCGUUUGACCUGUGAUGCAGUCAUAGAGCUGGACAACGAGCUACGGCUCAUAGAUCAAUGUCCGAAGCUGGCCGGCAUUUUGCUACGUCGGGCUUCCUUGCAAGGUGUGUGCUUCACCGACCUCAUCUCAAGAGCAGAAGCGCAGAGGGCACGAGAGAAUCUUCUUGGCAACGGUGGCGCUGGUCCUUGCUCUUUUGCAACUGCCUUCCACACGCAUUUGGUUGACAGCUGCUCCAGCAAAUUUCGCACUGAGGUAUUCCAGGUGAAGUACCGGAUGUCAAACAAUGAACUUCGGCAUUUGAUAGGUCUGCGGGAUUUCACCGAUGUCAAGUCGCUGGCUGGAUGCAAAGCGACCGACGCAAUUGAUGAUGAAGUCCACUUGGACCAGUUUGAGUCAUGUACACUCGGACUGAGCACUCACGAAGGCCCUGCUUCCAUUGUUCAGGGCCUCGACGACAGGCAUGACAGCCCGAGUUGCAGCAGUAGCCAGAGCGCGAGCAGCUACGCACUGGUUGAAUCUGAAGUUGGUGAGUUGCCAGGCUGCGCAGAAAAGUUUGAAGAACCGCGAGAAAUUGUGGAGCAUGGGGUCGUGGAGCAGGUGAUACAAUUGAAGAAGAAGAACAUAUUUCUUGAGUUGGACAUGCGAGCCAUGCAGAUUUCUGCGGCGUCUGCUCCAGUGACCGCGCUAGUUGGUCGACCUCUGUGGGAGGUGUUCAUGUGCGAGUACACAGUGGAGCUGUGCAAUCGAUUGCUCCGUCAGGCUCGGCAAGUUCCAUUUCUUCCGGACACGGCUGUGAGCUUUGAGCGCAUGCCAAUCUUUUGCGCACCUCGCACCAUUGAAGCCACAGGAUCCAUGCAUGUGGUUCAGACAAGCUGCGACUUGCGAGUGAUUCUCAUCUUCAGACCGGUUGAGCGCAUCCAGCUAUAAUGCGAGUCUCCGUUUUGUACAGUGCCACGUGGCAUCAAGGUGGGCCACUUGGCCCUUAAAUUGGAUCCGCUGCUAGCCAGAGACGUGCAUUUUGAAACGAGUGUUGGGUGGGUCUUUUUGUCGGGGACCACCCUUGCCCUUUGAAGUCGCUUUAAAGCCAGCCAAAAGAGGGUGUUUGCAGCAUGUUGGUUAUGGAAUUCGGCUGCUCACGGCUCGAGGCAAAGCCUUCUGAGCCGACUCGGCUACGCAUGUCUUAUAAGUUUUCACCUCUCAGUUCCGCUGCAACGUUGCAGUUUUUUUGACACGCGC